GAUAUGAAUAAUGGGAGAAGACUGGGCCCUCCACUUGCAAGAUAAACACCCUCCCCUCUGUGAAUAUGGAUCACCCAUUCAGGAUUUGGCAUUUCAGCAAUUAGCUUUUGGAAGCGGAUCUCCAAAUAGGAGCAAAAUGGGAAGCAGCCAGCCCCAGUGGGACGGGGGUGAUCCUUUGCUUUGGGAGUCAUUCUGCCUGCACCCUGAUGGAAAUGAACACUCAGGGGCCAUCUGUUGUGGACAGCCUGACAAGCACAUUCCCCAUGGAGUUGAGCCGCCCAAGUGUAAGCAGUGUUGGGGGGCCUUUCCAGGUGCUGAGCACCAUGAUGAGCCCUUGGACACUCCCAGUGUCCCACAGGAUCCCACUGACUGUCAUCAAGGUAGACAUCCAUCACGCCCAAGUGACCCUAAGGAAGUCCAGACACCAAAGAAACGUCAUAAAUGUCAGGAGUGUGGGAAGGCCUUCUUUCAGUCCUCACACCUUUCUGAACACAAGACAAUUCAUACAGGCGAGAAACCUUAUACAAGUCAGGAGUGUGGGAAGGCUUUCUCUCGAUCCUCAGUACUUUCUACUCACAAGAAAAUUCAUACACAAGACAAGCCUUAUACAGAUCAGAAGUGUGGGAAGGUCUUUAAUGACCCCUCACGCCUUCCUUGGCAUAAGAAAAUUCAUACAGGAGAGAAACCUUACACAUGUCAAGAUUGUGGGAAGACCUUCAUUCGAUCCAAAUCCCUUUCUGCUCACAAGAAUAUUCAUACAGGAGAGAAACCUUAUACAUGUCAGGAGUGUGGGAAGUCCUUUGCUCGAUCUUCAGUCCUUUCAACACACAAGAGAAUUCACACAGGAGACAAGCCUUACAAAUGUCAGGAGUGUGGGAAGGCCUUUAUUUCCCAUUCAAUCCUUAAUGGACACAAGAAAAUCCAUACGGGAAUCAAGCCGUAUGUAUGUCAGAUGUGUGGGAAGGCCUUCAAUCGAUCCACAAACCUUUCUGACCACAAGAAAAUUCAUACAGGAGAAAAAUUCAUAUAG